AUUGGUUGUAGAGUGACGAGUGCCACGCUUAUUACUUUCGUGUCCACGCCCCUUCUCUAACCUGCUUCAGAGUAAUUGAUAUCGAUAUCAAGCCGCGACUGGAAAGCCACCAAGACGCAGAGGUAGCUCCCAAUACCCGAGUUUCAAUACCAGUUACAGAAUGGACACCAAAACCCCACCAGACAUUAGUUAAGCCUGUCUCAGUAUAAAAGCAGCUCGUUGGAUCUCUUGUGAAAUCCUGUAUGUGUUUUUAUAUAAGAACAUUGGAGUGAAUGAGGUAGAAGCAUACUGUAUACUGCACCUUUAAUACCAAGUCAUGUUAGUUGGGUAUUUAUUUAAGCUAAAGAGUUAGGAAUACAAAUAUGUAUUUGUGGACAGACUGUCUUCUGUCUUCACUCCACAGUUGAAGGUUAGAACAUGUUGAGUUGAUCGGAAUGGAGGCCAAGACGAUGUAAGUUACGGAGCGAAGGGGAGUCUUGGGGGAAAAAAAGCAACUGUGUAGGGAGGUAAAGUGAAAUACAGGAAUCAGAUACUGACUGAGACAAAAGCUAAAUAAAUAAAUAAACAAAAAAAUGGAGUGUGGAGAAACUGCCUUGAGUGGGAUGGGAGACCUGGAGCUGGACCCAGACAUUGUAAGCGAGGAGGCGGGAAAAUUGUACUCUGAACUACAGUCGGUUGUGGAGACUCAUGGAGCAGACGUGGUUGAAUCACUGCUGCCCAUCCUGGUGUGGGUUCUUGAAGGGCUCGCCAGCUGUCGGGCUCAGCUGAGAGAGAGUGAGGAGGCUGUAGAGAAGGAGAAAGGAGAGAGGGAAGAGCUGCUGGAGAGGUAUGAGAGAGAGAGAACACUGCGCAGGGAGAGCCAGGAGCGCUAUUUGGAGUUAGAUGAUCAGUUUGAGCAGGAGAGGAGGGCAAUGCGUGCAAGAGACAAGGAGCGGGAGAAGAGAGAAAGAGAUCUGGAGAAGAAAGCCAGAGAGCAAGCUGACCAGAUGGUGGCUUUGGAGGAGCAGAGAGCCAGUCUGGCCAGAGAGUUAAACAUGCUGAAACACACACACAGCAAGGUCACACGUUUCUCCAAAAGUACAGAGCCACCUGAAGAAAAUGCAGCCAUCCAGCGUGAGGUGACACCUGAAGUUGCCUCCAACCCCAAAAUAUCAGAAACAUCAGCUUCCACAGACACUAAAGUGAUCAAAACUGAAAAUAUCAAUAAUUCAUUCUUUAUCAACAACAUCAUAAGCUCUACUCCGGAGCUGGCCCAGCUGCAGGGCCUUGUUGAAGCAAGCACCCCCCUUCGAGCAGACAGUGGAGAACCAGCCUGCGAUCUAGAGGAAGAGAUCAGACCGAUUAAGGAGGCAAGAGUUGAGGAUGAAGAGGAAAGCAAUCAAGAAGAUGAAAAGGGGGAAGAGGAAAAGGACUUAGACAGUUUGGAGUGGGAGAUGAGAAACACCGAUUCUGUGUUUUCUGAGCUCUCAGAGCUCAGUCAGGAAUAUGUGGAGAGUGUGGAUCAUGGAGUCAGUGUGAGAGGCAGCACAGUCCAGUUUGAGGAGAUUCUUUCACAGUAUGAGGAACUGAAACACACCCAUGAAAUGGUAGAUGCUGCUCGUAAGGCUCUUAUUUCUCGUGUAGAGGAACUGACAAAUGAGAGGUCUGCUCUGAACCUGGAGCUCACUUCCUGUCAGGAAACCAUCAACCGACUGGAGGGUAAAACCAAAGAGAUGGAAGAGGAGAACAAAAGGCUCCGCAAAGAACUGGAAGCAUCACAGGCUGAGGACUCUGACACUUCUUUGUCUACAUCAAACCGUCGGUUUUCUCGUUCAGAGAUGGCUCGUGUGGUCAUGGAGAAGAACCAGUAUAAAGAGCGGUUGAUUGAACUACAGGAUGCCCUGCGGCGGGCUCAGGCUCUAGGUGUUACUAAGAAUGAAAAGAUCCCAGAAGACAGGAAGAGCAGUGUUUGGAAGAGGUUUAACCGUUUCCUUGGUUUGACAAAGGACCAGCUUGCUCCAGCUGCUUUGGCUCCAGCUGCUUUGGCUCCAGCUGCUUUGGCCCUUACUGUCCCCUCUGUGCCCCCUCCUACUUCCUCACCAGUGGGCUCGCCUCAUAAGCUAUCUGUCAACGUGACCCAGACAGAGGAUUCUUUAUCUCCCAGGCUGAGGAGGAGAGAGCUGUACCGGGAGAUCCGCUCUCAUGUGUGGGGAAAUCUGGGAAAAAGGCAGGUGCACGGCUGGAGCGUGCCUCUUUCUCACACUGACGCACAGAACACCGAGCCACUUCCGGAGCCUAAAGACGUGCCUGUCCUCACACAGUUGCGAUUGCUUGACCAAAGAGAUGCUUCUGCUAAGCUGACCUGUGCUGUAGCAGUCCCGCCAGAAGUGUCAGGAGAGCAGAAUUGUUCUGUCUGGGCGAUCACUGGACCCGCCUCCAGUAGUGAUGUCACAGUGAUUGACCCAGCACGGUCCAAUACCAUCCUGGAUCAGUUCAGCCUUCCGCCCACCUCUCCAGCGCUGUGCCUUUGUGCUGUGCCUCCCACAGGAGAAACAUCUGGGACUGUGUGGAUUGGAACACAGGAUGGAGGCGUGCUCGUUCAUUCAGCCUCUGGCUCUAGGAGGCGCUGUUUGCAGUCAGUCAGUCUCUCGGAGGGGGUGCAUUCUCUUACGUUCUCACCAGGUCAGGUGAUUGCUGGAUUAGGCAAUGGAAUGCUUACAUUUUUCAGCUACAGUUCUGGUGGAUGGAAUCUUCACUCUCAUAAAGUACUUUCAUUGGGCGUAACUCCUGUGCAGCCCAUUCGCUGUUGCCUAGCAAAGAGCGGCUGUCUCUGGGUGGGAUACUGGAACAAAGUAUUGAUGAUUGAUGUCCAAAAUAGGAAAGUGGAGAAAUCAUUCACAGUGUCACAUCGAAGUGAACAGCAGGUUCGGUUCCUGUGUGCAGCAGGAAGUGGAGUUUGGGCUUCCUGCCGGCUGGAUCCCACCCUCAGGCUCUUUGAUUGGACAACUGGACGACCACUACAGGAGGUUGAUGUUUCAUCAAUGAUAACCAAAGCUUUAGGCAAUGCAUUCCUGUCCCUUUCACCUCUUCAGAUCUCUGCCCUGUCUGUGAUCAGUGGGCGGCUAUGGGUGGGCACAGGAAGUGGUGCUGUUUUCUCCAUCCCAUUGUCACUCAGUUCUGAGUCCUCUAUCCCAUAUUGCACUUUGGCUUCAGCUCAGCUGUGCUUUCAUGGCCACCGUCAAGCAGUUAAAUUCAUCAUCUCAGCUCCAGGCUGCCGUGGUUCUUCUGUUACAGCAGAUGGUGCUGCCUCUACCUCUCAUCUCAUCCUCAGUGGUGGAGAAGGCUACAUCAACUUCCGUAUUGGAGAUGAAGUUAGUGAUGGACCUGGCGAGACUGUCCCACAGAGAUCAGAACGAAGUCACGUGAUCAUCUGGCAGAGCCCGACUCAGUCAGUUCCUAGCUCCUCCCUUUGACAGUAAUUUUGUCUAUAUGCUUAUAUGUAUUUGUCUUUCUUCAGUGUUUUUGUUUAUUCAAAAGCACAUUGACAUGUUUGCCUUGCCGUGCACUUAUAUGUCUGCCCCUUCUCCAAGUUAUUGCUUUUGAAAAAGCAAGGAAUGGUAUUAAGUGACUGCUGAAGGCACAUGUGUAUUACUUUAUAUAGUACUCAGAAUGGAUGACCCAGAAAAGGUAUAAAGAGUAAGAGAACAUAUUUUGGUGUAGACAAGGUCCUAGUUGCUUGAGCCUUCUGUCUUAUUGUGUGCUGAUAAAUGUUGCAGUGCAGUUUUGUUUUUCAUUUACAGUUUUGACACUCAGCUUUAGCCAACAGGUUGGUAACUGCUGUCCAUUUCUUGCUGAUGUUUUGUUUCCUAUCAUGCUGGUUGGCUGCAAAAAUGAUUCUGAGCAGUCAGAAAGAUCAUCUCAUAGACCUGUAUCUGUACUUGAAAUUGUGGCAGCCACAACAACCUCUGUAAAAGGAUGUUUUUAAUUAAUUUCUUAGCAGGUUUAUCUACAACUACGUAAAUAUGAAUGUGAAAAUGUGAACGUUAGGCACAGCUGCAAAUUCACACUAGCCUUUGUGAUGAGUCUGAGCAAACAGAGAUCAAUUCAGCCAUCAUCAUUAUGCCUUGGCAGCAGAGCAUACCUUAAUAACUAGUCCAUGUUGAUAUACUGUGUGAAUCAUUUUAAUGUGAUAUCUUGUUAAAUUCAGUAAGGAUUAGGAAAUGCACCCCAGGUUGAUCAAAAUAUUUUUUAUACUUGGAACGUUGUUAGUAUUCUUGUAAAGAGAUGUGAAAUUUGCCUCAAGAGAUUUGCAUGUGAGUUUCAGUAUUCCGAAAGUGACAAUGUAUACAUUGCUAGGAGGUUUGGGUUUGAAAGUACAUGUCUACACUUGAACAUUAAUUAUGGAGAACUGGAAAUACUCGCUAAUUUAUGACAUUUGUGAGACCACAUGUCAGACUGUAUUAUUAAAGUUUAAUGUACUUUUGUAAAUACAAUAUUAUUUAUUAAAAAUACAAAAU